CGGCCCGGGCGGGGCCCGAGCUAGGGCUGCUGCCCCGAUCUGCCUUGGCUCUGCUGUUCGCCACGUCCCGCGCCCGGCCACUGGUGCUUUCCCGCCGUCGGAGGGCCGCCGGCCGGCGCGGGCCUACCGCGCCCGGCAUCCUUGACUCUCUUUCAACCCCUAGAUGCGUGUGUUACCACAGUGGAGCAUCUGCCUCAGUCCUACAUGUGCCACAAAGCAUGCCAUGGCCUGGGAGUGUCCUGCCAAGCUGCCCUUACCUGCCGAGCCAGACCGUACCUGGCGAGCCCACAGUGCCAAGCCCACAGCUCCCCAAGGACAAAGCUGGCCCAGCCCGAGAGCCUGCCCUGAGCAGCUGCCUCUGAUCCCUCAGCCAGGCAGAAGGGAACCCUUAACAGCCUGAGGAACCAGCCAGCUGGGAGCCUCAGGGAUCACACCACCCUGCUCCCGGCUCACCUGCAAGAUGUGGACAGCCCUCAUGCUGGUUUGGAUCUUCUCUUUGUCCUUAUCUGGAAGCCAGGUGGCAUCUGACAAGCCACGAUACUUAAUCCCUAACAAGGUAUGGGUUAAAGUUGUCAAGAAAAAUGAAUUUGUGGAAAGAGUUACAGGGAUUCACAAUAAGACGUCUGAGAAACCAGCUGCAGUGACUCCUUCUCUGAUCGAAUUCACCAAAGGGACUUUGGCAGCCAGCCUUAACUCUACUAACGUCACAGCAGAGACAACACACAGGACAGAUGUGAGCACGCUGGCAGCUACGGAACGUGUGACUGAGCAUGUGACCUCCGGAGCUACCACACCACCCAUGUCACCCGCCCCCACANCACCCGCCCCCACAUCACCCGUCCCCACUUCUGUGUGGCAGACCCCAACUACAACCGUCCCCGGGCUUCCAUCUCUCAACACAUCCCGUGCACAAGUGCCAAGUACCAGCACGUCUCCAAGAACAGCGGCAAAGGCAACAGCAUUGACCACGAGUAACCAGACUGCUGCUGCGGCUGCUGCCAGCACAAGCAGCUCCUCCAGCACUCCCAGCUCCCCACAGCACACACCCACUAGCUCCACAGUGAGCCCCGCACCCACUGUGGGUCCCAAAGCACAAGGUCCCACCAGCCAGGUGUCACCAGCCCAGCCAGCGCUUAGCACAGCAGAUAGAGCUACGUCUUCCCCCUCCGACAUCACCCCAGAGGCCGCCACUACCCCUUCCGUGGCUCCUGUAUCCACAGCAGUGGCCACUACCCAGGCUCAGGCUAAGAAGCCACCUACCAGCACAGUGCCAGUGCCGCCCACCAGUCUGACGCCUGAGGUGGAAGCCACAUCCCCCACAACACUACCCAGCCCUGUGUCAUCUACCCAUGGGGCUGGAGGGCCAGCCACCCGCCGGACAUCAGAGCAGGCGGAGACCAAAGCCACACCUGGAACUGCCUCUGCCGGGGUGACACCUAGGAGCUCAGGGCCCAAAAUGCCAACUACAGCUUUGUGCCAGUCCAGCACUGAAGGCCAGUACCUGGUGGUCACCACUGAACCCUUGACCCCAUCCUCGGUGAACAAGACGUUCCUCCUGGCGGUGCUUAUACUUGGGGUGACCCUUUUUGUCACUGUCUUGGUUUUGUUUGCCCUGCAAGCCUAUGAGAGCUACAAGAAGAAGGAUUACACGCAGGUGGACUAUCUAAUCAAUGGCAUGUACGCAGACUCGGAGAUGUGACCGAGGGCUGGAGCCAGCCUGGGACCACCACAGCUCGGGGCAAGGCCACCCUGUUCCUCCACCUUCCAUUUUGCCUCUGAGACCAAAUUAAGUGCUUCCAGAUCUUUUUGGUGCAAUUUUGGAGAUACGCCAGAUGCUUAGACACAUUUAACUGCUGUCAGAUUAAUUCCAAGAUCACGAAAGAGUUGCUGCUUUUUCAUAUUUAUUUUUGUAAAGGAUCAUGAGCCAGGAGCAGGUGGUGACUCUGCCGUGGGGUGGGUUGGAGUGGGCAGAAGCCCUGGACCCCUUGGCCCGCGGUGUGUCAGAUCUUAACCAAAAUUAAAUCAAUGACUGCUCUCCACUCAGA